CAAGCCGAUGGAAUUGUGCUUUGUUUGCAUGCAUGCUCUGUCUUGCUAUUAUUGCUGGUGCCAUCCUUUUCACGGCUGAGGGAAAUCCUAAAUUUAUAUCAAAUGACGUCUCUUUCAGGUGGUAUUUAUUGAAGAUGAGGGAGAGAAGUCCUGACGGCUAUGUAAACUCGUGUCCAAAUGACUGCCUACAUUGUGGAAAUACUACUAUUACAAGAUAAUGUUCCAAAGUGUUCUCAGCUGAGGGACAGAAAAAGUCAGUCAGAAACAAGCGGGUGAAGGCAAAGGGAGCCCCAAAGAUCAAAUGUCAUGUGCAUGGACUACCUGAGUGAAAAACUGACCUUUUGAUGACUUGAACAAGUAAUCUGUCUCAAAUGGAACAGGUAAAAGUUGUUCUUGAUACAUUUGUCGUUAACCUUGGGGUCACAGGUUCUGGACGUGGGGGAGUGGAGGACUGCCUCUACCGGGUCUUGCUGCAAGCACAGGUUAUCGUCAACGAGACUAUGGGACAGCACAGUAAACAAGGAAAUUGGAAUAAUGUAGUGUGUUGUAUUGCUAUAAUUGGUUAUGUAGAGUUACAAGACUUUGGACGGCAGAAAGCCUCAUAGAGAUAGGGUCGAGAGUAGAAACAGGGGAGAAUAAGGAACCUAUGGAAGUAGAGAACCACAUCUUACAUGGCAAGUGGACUCGCACAGAUGGUGAUCGCUUUGGCUUUGAGUCACUAAGCAAAGGCCUGAGAGUCAAGGUCUGUACCUUUCUCAGUUGGUAGUGUUGCUUGUUGACAAUGACGCAGAGGAAAUGUGAACCAGGGGAAGGCCCAAGGUCAAUGAUGAAACAUCUCGUGCAUGGACUUUGGACUGACCAUUUGCAGACUUGAUCUAGUAAUAUCUUUCUCUCUCUCUUACUUGUUCUUAAUACUUUUUUGACGGGAAGUUGUUCUUAAUACAUCCUUGAUCUCCUUCAAGUCUUAUGCCAGAGCCAUCUCAUGCUAUUAUCCAAAGCUGCUUUUAUAUUUCUCUCUAACAUCAGCUGGGUUAUCUUCCUGAGGUGAGAGUUCCCUAAUGGAUACUAUACUUUCCGCAGUCCUGGGUGAACUAGCCUCUAGAUCCAUAAAUUUCUUCAUCAGGAAAAAUUGCAAGCCAAAGGCACUGGAUGUGGAGGACAACCUGCAAAGGUCUCUCCUUCGGGCACAGGUAAUCAUCGACGAGGCCACAGGACGCCACAUCACGAACCAAGCUAUGCUCCAGCAGCUGGAGAUGCUGAGGGAUGCCAUGCACCAAGCCUGUUACAUGCAUGACACCUUCAGGUACCAAUCUCACGGUGAGGAGGAUGCCAAAGAUCAGGUUGUGAGUCAUUCUUUCUCUCUGUCCAAAGUAAAUUCUCUGAAAGGAAUAGGUUCUUCCAAUAGAAAGACACGGAUUUUGGAACAAUUGCAAGACACCCUUGACAAUUUGAACUGUAUGACCCUUGAUAUGAAAGAGCUGGUUGUGUUCAUGACGAGCUACCCUCGCUUCUACCGCCAGCCAUAUAGCAUGCAUCUACUGCUGGGCAACUGCAUGUUUGGCCGCCAGAUGGAAGCAGAGCUUGUCCUCAAUUUCCUGUUGCACGCACAGCCUAAUGGUGCUGAAGAACUGGAGGUCCUCCCACUUAUUGGUCCAGGCAGAGUUGGCAAGAGCACCCUUGUCGCACAUGUUUGCAAUGACGAAAGAGUCCGUGGUCAUUUUUCUGAAAUCAUGUUCUUGAGCGACCAUGAUUUGAAAGAUGAAAAGUUGACCUUUCCAGUGGAAAGAUGUGUGAAGAAAUAUCAAAAUUCCUUGUUGAACAAAGAUGGGAGAAUGCUAGUUGUUGUUGAGGCGGCUGGAGACAUCAACACAGAUGAGUGGAAGAGGUUUUAUGCUGCUUCAAAACGGUGUAUGAGAAGUGGUAGUAAACUCAUAAUCACAAGCCGGUCUGACAAGAUCACAAAGCUUGGGACGGCGAGGGCAGUAACACUGAAAUAUCUGUCCGACGAAGCAUACUGGUACUUCUUCAAGACACUUGCAUUUGGAAGCACAGAUCCCAUGAUGCACCCGAGGAUGGCUUACCUGGCCAUGGAGAUGGCCAGGAUGCUGAAUCGAUGUCUCUUAGGUGCACCCAGUACUAUCUGCGUGCUGAGGGACAACUUUGACAUCCGCUAUUGGUGCAAGGUUGUGACCCUUAUUAGACAGAACAUCAAGUUGCAUGUCUCCAAAUUCGGUGAGCAUCCAACUGAUGCUCUGAACCAAAAUAAACCUGCACAUCUUCGGAGAAUGAUUAGCAAUUCUGAACAGAUCAUGGUUUAUCAUCAGUACGAGUGCUCUUCACAAAAGGAGGUUCCGAAGGUAGAAUUGCGAAGUGUGAUAUUUGGAAGUGUUAAGCCCACUGGGAGAUUUGAAGCCCUAGCGUGGAGAUCUCAUAUACCGCCCUACUAUAACUAUAUUUAUACUUGUGAGGUUCGAGAUCUAAAAAGUACAUCCUCUAAGAGGAAGCGUACUUAGGGUAUGUUCAUUUUGUAGAGUCUAAAGUUUAAACCCGUCACAUCAAAGAGAAUCUUGUCAUUUAUAAGUAUUAAAUAAAGUCUAAUUACAAAACUAAUUGC